UUAGUGUACAGUGCUACUUCCUUCACUAAUUCAUCUUCUCACAAAAAUCAGAAAUACCAAACGACGUCGCAUUGAGACACAGCUUGUUCCAAUGGCGGACCCAAAGAUUUCGGCGUACUACCAAACACGUAUGGCGCACUUCGGUGCAGUCACCAACGACUGGCUCGCCCAGGCCCAGUCCGCCUCCGUCAUCACCACCACCCCACCACCACCAUCUCCGCCACCAACCGCCGCAACUCUCUCCGAUCCCAGCCACCAGAAACCCUCGUUCUCGGUCAUCGACGAAUUCAACCGGUGGCGGAAACAGCCCGACCUGGCGGAGGCCGUCGCCGCAAUCCGCGCCCUCGCCGCAGUCAUAAGGUCGAGCAUGGCCACCACCAUGAUGCAACUCGAGAUCGAGCUCAAAUCUGCUUCCGAUUCGCUCAAGUCAUGGGAUACAACCUCUAUAUCAUUGACAGCAGCAUGUGAUCUGUUUAUGCGGUAUGUAACUAGGACUGCUGCUUUAGAAUAUGAAGACUUCAAUUCGGCUAAAUCUCGCUUGAUUGAACGUGCCGAUAAGUUUGGCGAAAUCUCGUACACGGCUCGCAAAGUCAUUGCAAUGCUGAGUCAAGAUUUUAUAUUCAAUGGUUGUACAAUUUUGGUUCAUGGUUUUUCCAGAGUUGUCUUGGAAGUUCUGAAAUUGGCAGCACAAAAUAAAAAAUUGUUUCGGGUUUUGUGCACAGAGGGGAGACCAGACCGAACAGGGUUACGGUUGUCCAAUGAAUUAGCCAAGCUGGAUGUUCCUGUGAAACUUGUAAUAGACUCUGCGGUGGCAUAUACUAUGGAUGAGGUGGACAUGGUAUUUGUAGGGGCAGAUGGAGUUGUCGAAAGUGGCGGUAUAAUCAACAUGAUGGGCACAUACCAAAUUGCAAUGGUCGCAAAGAGCAUGAGCAAGCCAGUUUAUGUGGCAGCUGAAAGCUACAAGUUUGCUCGCCUUUACCCGCUGGAUCAAAAGGAUUUGGCACCUGCAUUGCGCCCAGUUGACUUCGGUGUACCAAUUCCAUCAAAGGUAGAGGUUGAAUGUUCUGCCAGGGAUUACACUCCUCCUCAAUAUCUGACUCUGCUCUUCACAGAUUUAGGUGUUCUUACUCCAUCUGUUGUUAGUGAUGAGCUUAUCCAGCUAUACUUAUAGUCUCUCUCAUCACCAUCCAUGUACAAUUUUGUUCAUGUUGGUCCCAUUUCAAGAAUCAAGAUCAUUUGUAUCUGAUCAUGAUAACAGUUUUGUAACAACUACUUGCAUUGCUAACUUCAAUAUAUAAAUUGGGGAUCAUAGUGUUUCCAUU